AUGCAUUCUUGGGAGGACGCAAAAGAGACUCUGGAGAAACUCUGGUUGAAGGACAAAUGGAAGCUUGAUGAUAUUGUCAAAGAACUGAGCACUAAGCACCGUUUCUACAAGGUUGAGAACCAAUACAAAGCCCAAUUUAAGAAAUGGGGGUGGUCAAAGAACUUUAGCAAGAGCAAGAUCACCACAGUUGCGAAGCAUUACAAGAGUCGUGCCGCAGUCGGCAAACCCUUUACUCGAGUCUUCAUUGAUGGGAAGCAAGUCGAAGGUCACAAAGUAAGACGAGUAAUGAAGGAUCAGAUGCGGGAAGCUACACGAUUGAUAUACCUCAAUCGGAACCAUAUUACGAACGUUGACGGACGCGUGCUGCCGUUCGCCGACAGUUUCUUCCUCAAAUGGAACCUACCCUACGCUGCUAUGCGUCACUCAUACGUACGAACUUCCGACCAUUCAUCGCCUUUCGAUCAGCCAACGCCUUAUAGCAACAUCGAUGUCACCACCCCAUCAUCGGCUACGUCUCCGAACAACGCACCCUCACCGACAAUUCAGAUCACGAAAGAUAACAUGCUGAUCGAUAGAGCGUGUUUGUUUGCACAGGGUCAUCAUGAGAAGCUUUUGAAGCUUCUAAACGGACAAGAGAGAAGGACCUUGUCCGACUGGCUAUACCAAUAUUGGUUCUUUUGCUUCAAGACCGCCAAACACUGGGGCAAAGGACCAAGAAUAUGGACGGCGGAGCUAUUGAACUUCGACCAAUACCUUCCCGCUGCCCGUCCUAGUCUUCCAGGAACACCCCAGGACAUGACACAUCCAUCCGCGUCAUAUAACAACGAUGAACCGAUGCUGCCCUCGGAUCUCUGCCGGUGGUACAUCCACGUGCGUCAAGCGAGAUAUGAGGAAAUACCGGAGGAAGUAUAUGAGCCUCCAGCGCUUGCCCAGCCUGACUCUAGCGACGAACGUACUUGGACAUCAUGGUCGCCAAACGAGCAGCCAGCUUCAUUGCAGGCGCAUCUGCGAGAUGCACUUGAACACAAUGAUUUCAGCCCUACCCCCGCUACGGAUCUUCCUGUCGCCAUCCCACAGAUCGCGAAAGCUGCGGAUGAGGAACGCUCGAGCGAGUUGCUCGUUGAGGCUCUUGGUUUCAGCAUCAUGAGUCGAAACGUUGAUCAGAUGGUAGAAAUAUCCCGACAGCUUCGUCGAAAAGGCAUCGAUCCAGUAUCGUUGCAUCCGUUUCAUCUAGCAACAAGUUUCCUGGACGGCUCUAAGACUUGUUGCGAUGCAAUUUUCUGGCUUACAGUUAUGUAUAGGGGAGCCAAGACCCACGCAAUGUACCUCAACGAGCACGGUCACACUAUACUGGACAAUCUGAUGAUCGCGAUCAUCAAGUCUCACACAAGUGCGAGGCCGGUAGAUCUGGACGACAAUUUCAGGGAUGUCGAACGAUUUGCUGGAGAAGAGGUCGAUAUUUGUGGCCGCUGGGAUGCAGACUCUCCUUGCGUACGCCAGCUUUACGCUCGGGGCCAUACAUCGAUACCUCCCAGCUGGAAACACAAGUUCUGCAAUACUUCAAUCCAGGCAAUAUGUCACUGCAUUGACAGAAUGUUCUCUCACAUGCCACGACCUCUAUUGCUUCAGACACCCAGUGGGUUGUACGUUCGCCGAUGUUUCAGCCCUGACUGUGGCAAAAAAUUGCAACUGCAACCUUUGCAUAGUCUAGUGAUGACGGCGUAUCAUCUCGCUACCCAAGGAAGAGAUGGUGAAGACCUCUUUGGUAUAUUAGCAUGCGCUCUCUGCCUUAUCUCCCACAACUUCAACCCUUCCGUAAAAGCAGACAUUUCAGUCGCUGCGUUGUUGUCAAUUGACUCAUUCGUCGAGUGCGAUCACGUGGAGCUAACAGCUGCCGAGUUUGCAGAGGAGAUUAUGGCUCUACCAGCAUUCGGAAUUUGGAAUACCAAAAUCAAAACAGGAUGGGCUGUACUGACUGGCAUACUACGUCGUUGCGAGACAGCGCAUGUCGCCUGGGCCCGCGAGGUAAACCUCAACCCAGAAUCGCAUGAUUGCAUCGCCGAGCGACACGACGAAGACGUGUUCAUGGGAUCAACGGAGCCGCAUGAUAUGCUAGACCAAAUGCAUUUUGAGGAUCCUCAUUCUACCUGUUUCACUGGGGAAAAGAACAUUGGUACAUUAUGGUCUUCGGUUCAAGCGGAAUUCUUAUCGUAUCGACGUCUGAACGAUGGACUUGGCUGGAUGUCCCAGUAUUUCUCGAUGGAGAGUCUGCGAGAGAAGUUGGAGAAAGGCGAACAUCUCGUGGUGGGAUACACUGAGCAUAAUCUAUUAAAAGCUCAUUGUGCCUGCCAUAGCUUUGGUUGUUAUCCGCUGGCGUUGCUGUCCGACGCUAUCGAUCCUAAUCUUGCAAACCUCGAUGUUUGGGAAAGAGCAACGUACGGGACAUUACAGGAAGACUAA